AAUGGAGGAGGGAGGAUUACAUUUUACAAAGAGAGCCGCGUUGGCACACACUGUUGAUUCUUUUCAUCAUCUCUCCUUACCCAGUUUCCUUGCUUUCCCUUGUACACUUUUCUCCAUUUCCCAAGCAUACAGAUACAGCCUUGUUGAGUUGGAAUUGAUAUCACAAAGUCAUUAAUUUCUUUCCAAUUAGCGAGUUCCGUUUGGUAUUCUGGGUGGAUUUCUCGUUCCGCUUCAGAUCUGGUUGCGGAAUUGGGAAGCCUUUUCAAACUACGCGUUGGGAAGUAGGAAACUCGUUUGGAAUUCAAAGGAUUUCGUGUAUAGACGCACGCCAUGGAAGGGGGCAGAAGAUCGAGGGAAGUGUUGAAGAAGAAGACCAGCUCGUCUGGGUGUUUGAUAAUCAAGAAGAAGAAGAUCGAGGAUAAGAAGAAUUCAGGUAGUAAAGGAACAAUUCCGUCUGUUUCAGGUUCGAGUGAUGAGGAAGAAUCGUUGGAGUUUAUGAGAAGAAGAGUGAGUGACAAAAAAUUGAAUGGUAAGAUUCGAAACAGAGACUUUGGGAUUGAGAAUGGCAGUGCACCGAAGAAGAGUAGGUUGGAUUUAUUUGAGUUCGACGAGUACGAUGAAUUUGAUGGACAUACAUUGAGGAAUGAUCAUUUCAAGAGUAGGUUAAAGAACAGUGGGAAAUUUGGCAAUGAAUUUUCGUCGAAAAGGAAACAAGAUUUGUUGUAUUUUGAUGGUUCUGGCAGUAGGAACAAAGGUUUGGAGUUGGAGGAAGACGAGGAUGAAGACGAGGAGGCGAAUAUGCCGAUUUCAUUAUUGAGGUUGAAGUAUAGACAGAAUGGCGAUCGAGCAAUAAGGUUGCAAGGAAAGAAUGGAGUGCUGAAGGUUAUGGUGAACAAGAAGAAAAAGAUCGAUUCUAGCUCACAUUCUAGUGGCAAUGCAGAAAGAAGAAGAACAAAUUCUAGUUGUGAAAAUGAUGUCAAGAAGGACGAAUCGUUGACAAAAUCGAAGAAGGGGAAAUUGGAAAGAGGCAAGAAUGACUAUGAAUCAGAAAACCAAUUGGAAUCACCAAAUGCAGGCUCUCGCAGCUCGAAGAAAAGGGUUGAAGGAAAAGUGAUCGAAGAAAAGGCUAAGCGCAGUGGCGGGAGUACAGAAAAGCAAAUGUUGCGCGACAAGAUUCGAGGGAUGCUGAUUGAUGCAAAAUGGACGAUAGAUUAUAGGCCACGGCGUAACCGAAACUACUUGGAUGCCGUGUACAUCAAUCCUAAUGGAACGGCGUACUGGUCGAUUAUUAAAGCUUAUGAUGCAUUGAAAAAACAGUUAGGGGACGACAACGGCGAAAACGAUCUUUCCGAAGAUUUGGUAAACAUACUUACAAGACAAACGAAAAGAAAGAGUGCUAAGAAGUCCUCUGUUUUGGAGGCUACGGAUAGCUCGGAAAAUUCUGAUGUGGAGCGGAAUUUCAAGUCGAGAAGUGGAAAAGUCCGGAAAAUGGAGAGGCCGUAUAUUGUCUCUAAAGUAACGGGUAGAUGCACCCUUUUGGUUCGCGGCUCUGAUAAAGGAAAAACUUCCGAUUUUGACGGAUAUGUGCCGUAUAAAGGGAAAAGAACAAUAUUGGGGUGGCUGAUUGAUGCGGGAGUGGCGAAAUUAAGUGAAAAAGUUCGAUACAUGAACCAGAAAAAGAGUCGGGUAAUGCUGGAAGGCUGGCUGACGAAAGAUGGAAUCCAUUGUAGUUGCUGCAGCAAGAUCGUCACGGUUUCAAAGUUUGAGCUGCACGCCGGCAGCAAUCUGCGUCAGCCAUUUCAAAAUAUACAUUUGGAGUCGGGAUCAUCUCUGUUGCAGUGUCAAAUUGAUGCCUGGAACAGUCGGGAGAAGUCUGGACGUCGUGAUUUCCAUUUUGUUGAUGUUGAUGGCGAUGAUCCGGACGAUGAUACUUGCGGCAUUUGCGGCGAUGGAGGUGAUUUGGUUUGUUGUGAUAGUUGUCCGUCGACGUUUCAUCAGCUCUGUUUGGAAAUUCAGAUGCUUCCUCAAGGUGAUUGGCACUGUCCGAAUUGUACAUGCAAAUUUUGUGGAUCGUCUGGUGGAAAUGUUUCUGAAGAAAAUGAUACUACUGGCGACGAACUUAUCAAAUGCAGCUUCUGUGAGAAGAAAUAUCACAAAUCAUGCUGCGGAGCUGUCGAUUCAAAUGAUGCAUCUUUCUGUGGGCUAAAGUGCCGGGAGCUCUACGAUCAUUUUCAAAAGAUUCUUGGAGUCAAACAUGAGUUCGAUGGUGGCUUUUCAUGGUCUUUUAUUCAACGAUCUGAUGUUUCGGAUACCUCUGACCGUGGAUUUGCACAGCGGGUAGAAUGUAACUCUAAGCUAUCUGUUGCAUUAUCUGUCAUGGACGAGUGUUUUUUGCCCAUCAUUGACAGAAGGAGUGGGAUAAAUAUAAUCCAUAAUGUUUUUCAUAACUGCAGAUCAAAUUUUAACCGGCUCAAUUAUCAUGGAUUUUAUACUGUUAUAUUGGAGCGAGGUGACGAAAUAAUGUCUACGGCAGCUGUCAGGCUGCAUGGAAGUCGUGUCGCUGAGAUGCCUUUUAUUGGAACUCGUGAAAUCUAUAGACGGAAAGGAAUGUGCCGUCGCCUUUUGUCCGUGAUUGAAAAGGAACUUUCUUCUCUGAAGGUCGAGAAAUUGAUUAUUCCUGCUAUAUCGGAGCAUAUGAACACAUGGACCGCAGCUUUUGGUUUCCAUGAAGUCGAGGAUGCCGCCAAGAAAGAAAUGAAGUCCUUAAACAUGUUGGUAUUUCCGGGAACGGAUAUGCUGCAGAAGCAGUUGGUGGCGCAAGAAAAUUCGAGUUUGUGAUGAAAUGACAAGAGAUUAUAACUGAAGAAUGUAAUCAUUGCAAACGACACUUCGCUAAGAAUUUUUACACGAGGUACAUCGGACAUCUUUACGAUACAAGAAACACUUGACGGAUUUCUUACAAAGGAAGUUGAGGAUAUACUAGAAAAAUUGUUGUUGUUCUCCAAAGGUUCAAUUGUAUCACGAAAUUUUGUUACGCUCAUCUCAAGGUUUAGGAGAUUGUUUCGCAUAUGGUGCUUGCUCGUGAAUAUCCAUUUUCGACGAUGGAUUAUAUUAUUUUUAGCAAAUUUAUUAAAAUAGUAUCUUUAAUUUUGGAUUUCAGGUAAAAUAGUUAAGGAAGGUUAACUACACACAAAUGUUAACUAUUUUGGCUCAGGUUUGUUUACUUUGUAUUUUUAAAUGUAUAUUUUUUAUGUUAGUAUAAAGAAUUAUAU